AUGCCAGACGAAAUGAAUUAUCCCGACUGGCCGGCCCUUGCUCCGCCUCCCGGUGUACUUUCAAACUUCAAUGAUCCGAAGACUUUGUCGACCAGUCUCCUAACCGACAACGCUAUCUUUCUCUCCUUGAUGCUCAUAGUCGUCGGAAUUCGACUUUAUUCUCGGGCUUUCCUGUCGCACGCCGUAGGAUGGGAUGACUAUAUGUGUCUUCUGGCCGCGCUUUGCUCAGCCGCGCAUAGUUUCAUGACUCUCUGGAUCAUUCAAUAUGGAUUUGGGAGGCAUCUGUGGGACAUUCGCGCAAUCACUCUGCUUCCGUCUCAUCUGAAACAAAUGGGCUCCAUGGGCAUCAUCGGAUCCGCCUCAACAUUGAGCAUUAAAAUAUCGAUCUUCUUAUUCUAUCUCCGCCUUUUCCGUGUGAAUCAACGGUUCAGGUACUGGGUCCAUUCCGGCAUGCUCUUCUGCAUCUUAUAUACGGCAACUUAUUGGGCAUUCCAAACCGCCAGCAUAAUUGAAUGCAACACGCCACAGAGUCUGGACAUCGCAAUCUGUGCCAACAGUGACAUUACUACCGUUAUAGUUACCGUGAUCAAUGUCGUGGCCGAUUUUUAUGUUCUCGCUUUGCCUAUUGGAAUAGUCGGACGACUUAAUGUUAAACGUACCAAGAAACUUGGCCUUAUAGCCGUCUUUCUGUGCGGUCUUAUCGCAAGUCUUGCAAACGUCGCAAAACUAAUUUAUGCGACUUUGCAUCUCCAUGACCAAGAUUCCCUCUGGUCCGCUGCAUUAACGACUGAAUUCGCUAUCGUCGAGAUGAACCUUGGCAUCAUCGCGGCCUCUAUGCCAGCACUGCCGCAAUUCUUUGCUAAAGCCCGGAUUUUCCAUGCCUCCACUUAUAGCUUUUUGCAUCGCUUACUCAACAGACGUGACCCGUCAUCCCUCUCCUGGUUCGGUCAGUCAUCAAAAAGCCUGGCUUCGGGGUACCCAGAAAGGCAGCGUGGUCCUGCUGUUCGAGGUGAGAGCGAGACUGAAGUACAGAGCUUGCCCGAUAUACGAGCAUACACGAGGAUCGACGUGAGUCAUGAUGACAUCGACCUCGGCGGAGGACUUGCGCAGACCUAG